UUUUGCAGACACUUUGUUUUUGUGCAACUUCCCGGAAAAUAGGUGUAAUUUCUUCGAAAUGGACAUAUCCUUUGAAGAAGACGCCGGUGUAUUGUCUGAUUCAGAUGAAGAAUUGUUUGAAAUCGAUUUGGGACUCGAAGGCGGCCUGCUCGAGGAGGCGAAGGAUUUGAUCGUCCGCCACGAUGACAUCACGUCCUUCAACGCGAUCGUGCUGAACAAGCAGUACAUCAGAUACCUGGGAAUGCUGCAGAAGAAGAUCUCUGCGCUGAUCGAGCUCUGCGACAAGCGCUACGACGCCAUCGAGGAGCUCAUCAACAGCCGCGAGAGCAGCGCUGGCGGCGAGAGGAAGCGGUGCACGAAGUGGCAGAGCGCCAAGUACUUCGGCUACCCGUUCUUCAAGACGCCGGCGGGCAAGAGAGCGCCCGACAAUGAGGACCACACGGAGCGACUGAAGAGGCGCGAGCUGAUCCCCAUGGACUUCCUGUACAUGAAGAAGCGCAACUGGACGCUGCUGGACCAGAAGCUGUUGCUGGACGGCGUGAAGAGCGCCAUGUCGAACUUCCACGCGGGGCGGAUCUACAAGGCGAUCAAGGUGCUGGAGAGGCGGCGCAAGCACCCGGGCAGGCUGACCAAGAUCGAGUCGCUGAUGAAGGAGGGCCGGCGCGUGGAGGAGAUGUCCUUCAGCAGCCUGUGGGUGUGCGUGAAGGACUGCUCGGACUUCCGCGUGGACUGGGAGCUGGUGUCGCUGCAGGACGUGAAGGGCAGGCACAAGGCGAUCGAGUGCGAGGCCAUGUGGCGCCUGCACCUGUCGCCGCAGCUCAAGCGGUCGCUUUGGACCACCGAGGAGGAGGACGUGCUGCUGAACGCCGUGGAGGAAGUGGGCGACAACGACUGGGCGCAGAUCGCGGAGAAGGUGGAGGGCAGAUCGGAGUUCCAGUGCUUCGUGCACUACCAGGCGAACUUCGGCAUCAGCGGGCGGAUAGAGUUCAAGAAGAAGUUCACGCCGGAGGAGGACGAGCGGCUGCUGGAGCUGGUGGAGCGCCAUCGCUUCGGCGACACGAUCUGCUGGACGACCGUGGGCAGCGAGUUCGAGACGAGGACGAAGCACACGCUGUACAAGCGCUAUCACUACACGCUGAAGCCCAACAUCAAUCACGGGCGCUUCACGCCCGAGGAGGAUUGCAUGCUGAUGGCCGCCAUUGAGCAGUACGGCAUGAAUCUGUCCAAGAUCGUGCGCGACGUCAUGCCGAAUCGCACUGUGCCGCAGCUGAGGAGUCGCUAUCGCAACUCGCUGCUCUGCGUGGGCAACAACAACAUCUGGACGCAAGAGGAGGACGAGGCGCUGAUGCGAUAUGCCGAUGAUGACAACAAGACCUGGGCGGAGAUCGCCAACAUUCUGCAGACGCACAACAGGAUCAGCUGCCGCACGCGCUACAUCACGAUCAGGAAGUUCCUGGAACUUCAUCCCAGGAAGAGAAUCAAAGAUGUGCCGCGGAAGCACCGCCGGCUCACCACGAGUGUCACGCGUGACAACUGGAAGCAGAAGAUCGUGGAGCUGCAGAGCAAGGCGCCGCCGAAGGAGGAGGAGAACAAAGAUCCCUUCAAGGAGACCUCCGCCUUCGACCAGAAGUUCUUCAGGCUCCUCUACACGACCUUCGACUACAAGUUCGGCGAGGAGUUGCAGCCUCAGCGGCCGAUCACGAACGGGCUCUUUCACCUCGCCAGGAUGCUGAACUUCAACGUCACCAGAUCUCAGGUGGAUUUCGUGCAGGAGAACUUCACGAAGGUCCAGAAGGAGUGCUUGCAGAGCAUCGCCGGCAGAUCGCUGCCCAUCCUGCCUGCCUUCUGGACAAACAUGUGUCUGCCGGUCAGCUGGAGCACGCUCGCGGCCUUCCGUGGCAUCGCGGCCACUCUGGCGCUGGACAAGUCCUCCAAGAAGCCCUCCAAGAUGGUCUCCACGCGCGCACCCGAAGUCGAGGAGUUCAAGAGGCGCUUCCGCAAAAUGUUCUACUGGACGGCGCUGCUCAGCAGACUGACUUGUAGAGCAGAAAGGACAGAACGGGCGGCCGAAGAUGAGCCCGAAGCCUCAACGUCCGCCUCUGACGAGCGACUGGAGUUCGUCGUGGAAUACUCUGGCCAGGAGUACGUGAUAAAGGAAGUUUCCUCGCAGAAGAGAAGCACAGUCAAGACAGAGUCAGACACAUCGUCAUCGCCGAAGAGACUGAAGCACAACGCGGAUUAACUCUUUGGAUAUUAUUUCAUCAUUGCGCAAAGAAAUCCUUCUUCCAUUUAGAUAGAAAUCUUCCGGAAGCGGAGACAUUAAGUCUCAAGCAGACUGAAGAGAGCCUUUGAAUGCCAUUUCCACUGUUUAGGAAAGGAAAUCCAAACUCAGACAUUGAAUUUCCCCGGAUAUUGCGAAAAUCCGCGAUUUAUCGUGGAUUGUGAAUAAAUUUUUAAACCUUAA